ACUAAAGCUGAUUCGUCCCAUCAGGUACAAUAUUCCUCUGAAUCCCUACAAAUCAACAUUUCUUCAGCCUGUAAAGCGUUUUGCUUUGGUGGGGCCAGGAACAAUGACCAGUAGCAGCAACAGCAUUAUUCAGGCUCAAAAGCUGGUGGAUCAACUCCAAAUCGAGGCAGGCAUGGAAAGAUUCAAGAUCUCUCUCACAGCAGCUGAUUUAGUCCAAUACUGUCAGGAGCACAGACGCAGCGAUCCUCUCCUCACCGGCAUAUCUGCCUCAUCCAACCCCUUUAAAGAUAAGAAGACAUGCGUGCUGCUUUGAUACAAGAAGAGAUCAGAUACCAGAAACACAGCUGACUGCGAGCUGCCUCAUCUGUUCAACUAGGAGGACCAGCUGGUCUCACAAAAACAAAAAAAAGCAGAAUCUUUUAUCGUUCAUUGUGAUUUUAUUUGUGAAUGUUUAAAUACAAUAAACACUUAAAUAAUUGUGGUUUCUUUGGGGGUUUUUUAACCUGAAAUGAAUAAAACAUACAAAACACUUAAUAAUAAUAAAUAGUCUCAACACAACAGAAACAUCGUUAAAAAUAAGUUUAUCAUGUAAACAACUGAGAGUGCAAAAAAAAAAAAUUGAAGCUUCCAAAAAUGUGUAUAUUUA